AAAUGAAUUGUUAAAUGGGGCUUAUUAUCUCACAUGACAAGUAUUUAUUUUCAAAGCACAUGUCAAGAGUUUUUGGCGGCUGCUCGUCAAGGAAAUGUCGAGGAAGCGGAAAAGGCGUUAGAUGAAAUCCCGAAAUCCAAAUGGAACCAUGUGAUCAACCUUCCAGGCGACACGAAGACAACAAAAAGUUGGAGCGCUCUCCAGCUUUCUAGCUAUUUCGGUCAUAUGAAAAUGGUGAAAUUCCUAAUUUCUCACGGUGCAGAAAUUGAUUAUCAAAAUGAUAAGGCGAAUACAGCUUUACAUUUGGCUGCUUUUACCAAGAGAAGUGAGAUAGUAUUGGAGCUCCUUACUUCUGGGGCCAGUGUGCAAAUUGUCAAUAACGAAGGCAAAACUCCAAAACUGAUGGCAGACAACAUGGAUGAAUCAUAUAAACUAAUUCAACAAGCCGAAAAAUGUUUCAUGAUUGGUCAACAGGAGAAAUUGUUCAAAGCUGUGAGAGAAAACAACGCCGACAAAAUUAUUGAUAUUCUAAACGGUGAAUUUCCACCUUCAAUCAACUGUAAAGAUAUCAGCGGCAAUACCCCUCUACAUAUAGCGGCCAAUCUGAAUAAAAACGAAGCAGCUGUUAUCCUUCUACAAAAUGGUGCUAACCCGGCAGCUGUUAACAAUUACAACUUGAAACCCAAUGACUUGACUAUGCGUCAUUCUAUGAAGCGGCUUCUUGGACUGAAACCGGUGCAAAAAGUAGUCAAAGAUGUACAGAGGUUCGAGGGGGAAGUUUUAAAGAAAGGCAUGUUCCUGGUGAAAAGAUAUUGGGUUGUACUCAGUCGAGGAAUUGCUGCUUUCUAUAACAGAAAGGAAGAUUCAGCCAAUAGCUUAAAUCGGAAGGGAUACAUCUUUCUGCGCGGAGCAUCAGUCAAAAUAGACUCGCCUAACUACAAUCUGCUUGUGAUUAAACUUCAAGACAGAAGUAAGCAAUAUUGGAGCAUAUCAAGUGGAGUUGACCGCACAGCAGAUACAGCGCUAAGGCAGAAAUGGCUGACAGCUUUGCAAAUCCACAUUGACUAUGCAGGCAGGAUGUAUCACAAGGCAUCGGAGUUUGAUGCUGCGAGCUAUGCUGCAUAUCAGAAGAAAGGGUCGAAGCCGAAGCUGAAUUGGACAGUGGGAGCAAAUGAAAAAGUGUUUCCGAUCAGUAGUGUUCGGGACUCACUUCUCAGUUCACAAUCUCUAGUCAAGAUGCUGUCCUCCCAAGUGUCUGAGGUAGUAGCCACAGCAGCUGCUCUGGAAAUGAACUGUGAGAAACACCCUCCGGUAAAUCCGGACUCCCCAGUGAUGAUUCCAGAACUGGAGGAGUUGAUUGAAUGUGACAUAUCAUCUGGGAUGCAGAGCAACCUUUCCAAUGGAUACACUACGUACUCCACUUCGACUAGUCCGGGACCGAGUCACAUUCUCAACCACGGAUCCGGCCUGGAUUCGAUCCCUGAACCUGCAGUGUGCAAUGGGAGACUAAAGAAGAACAGAGGCCUGACUUGUGAGAGUGUGAAUCUGUUGCGCCAGUUGGGAGAUGUGAGUGAGAUGAGUAGGAAGGUGGUGGCUAGUUUGGAGCAGUGCAUGUUGGUCAUGUACCAACAGGAGGAAUACAGAUUAGAACAACUAAAUGAGGCUAAUCGUAAGAACGAGAUCCUCGAAAACGCUCUACGCAUUUUGGCAAAACAGCAACACAACCUAGAAGUGACCUUGAACGAAUCAUUCCGAAGUGUGGAUUCCCGAGUCAUUAACCGAAUCGAAAAGGCGGUCACCCGCCGGAACAACUCGACUCUCGCGACCACCACGGUAUCAUCUGGAAUGACGACAACCACAGUGGACAUUGAGAGGUCACCGAGUCGUUCCGCGUCGUUCGAGGAGCUACCAGGUGUGAAUGGUGAAGCGAAGACACAGGAUGAGGAAGAUGAUGAUUUGUUCUUUGACGCCAUUUCCAUUAAUAGUAAUGGAAGCGUGGUUAGUGCGGCGUCUGAGUUCCAUUUUGACGACCAAGCUAGGUUAUCACCAGAUAUAACAGAACUAAACGGAGACAGUCAGUGCAGUGAAAACGGAACAGAUCGAAAUGUACAGCGAACUUCAUCUCCAGCACCUAAUUGUAUCCCAUCUCUCAACGCACCAAUAGGAGCCGCAUUCAGCCAUCCUUCGAAACUUUUCUCUUUAUUCACAGAACACUUAGACGAGUCUACAAUUUGGUACAAUUCAGAAACAGUGCUAAAUUACCAACGACUCCUAGUAGCCGACACAAGACAACGUCUGCCUGUUGAAAUGCCGAAAGGUCGUUUGCUGUCGUUAUGGGAGACGCUUAAAGAGCUAUUGGGUAAAGAUUUGACAAGGGUCUCUAUGCCGGUUUUGUUUAAUGAGCCCCUCUCAAUGCUUCAAAGAUCAGCCGAGUUCUUAGAAAGUGCUUUUCUUCUUGCCAAGGCUUCAAACGCUCCUAGUGAAAUGUCAAGAAUGGUUCUCACUUCAACAUUUGUGAUUAUUAACCUCCAUUCAUUAGUGGAUAGGUUAAACAAACCAUUCAACCCACUUUUGGGCGAAACUUUUGAGUUCGAAGAUAAAGAUUUGGGGUACCGAUUUGUAGCUGAGCAAGUGAGUCAUCAUCCGCCAAUAGCUGCUUUCAAUUUCCAGUCAUCUUUCUGUGAGUUCAAUUGCAAUUCAGCGCCUAUGAUUAGCUUCGGAGGACUUGGUCAGUCGAUCCAAGUACGAGUGGCAGGUAACUCGGUUUUCAGACUAAAAGUAGCUGAAACAGGGAACGAAGAAGUGUUUUCUUGGACACAUGCGAAGUACAUAGUUCACAAUAUCAUAGCUGGCCAGUUGUGGGUCGAGCAAAAUGGAAACGUAACUGUGAAAAAUCAUACAAAUGGCUGCAGUGUCGACAUUGAGUUUAAACAUGCUGGUUUUUUCAAAGGCGGCAUGCAUCAAGUUGAAGCUUUUGUCAAAGACUCGAAUGGAAUUAAACAGUUUUUUCUGUUUGGUAAAUGGACCGAAAGCAUAUUUUCAAUUCCUGUUCACAAAAUGAUGAAGGUUAUGGAAGACAAAAAACGGAACGAAUCACUACAUCAAAGUUUAAUGGCCGAUGACGAUUGUAUUAUGGUUUGGGAACGUUUGAAAAAAGACGACACCUCAAAAUAUUACAGCUACACACAGUUAGCGUUCGCUUUGAACGACUUGAAAAGCCUCUCCGAGGACCAAAUUAGUUCAUUGCCGCCUACAGAUUCGAGAUUUCGACCCGAUGUCAGGCAUUUAGAAAACGGAGAGUUAAGUAAAGCUUCAGAAGAAAAACAUAGAUUGGAGCAAAAGCAACGGGCUGCAAGGUCGACAAGAGAAAAGUCGAAGCAAGUUUGGAAGCCGUUGUGGUUCGAAGAUCAGCACUUUGGCUUGGACUCUUUAUUGACGGGGACAAGAGACGACAAAUUUUUGAAUUCUACCUCAUCAAUUGACUCAGAGCCUUCGCAACGAUUUGUAUUCAACAAUAGUUACUGGGAAAGGGAUUUCAAACACUGUCCGGACAUUUAUUAGGGUCAGAUUUGAGUGUAAGAGCGUCAUUGGCCUAAUUUAGUCUGAGCUUAUUUGAGGGUUUUUGUGGGGCUGAAAUAAAAAAUAUCGAGCAGGUUGAAUGAUUUUAGGAAAAACAUU